AUGGAGCGGUCGGAACGGGCUGAUGACUUUGUCUCUGGAGCUUUUGUCGCACAUUGCGUCCGCGGCACCGUGACCGAGCUGCGGCGUCUGCGCGUCGGCCCGGCCGACUUCGAGGUGCGCAAGACGAUCGGCCGCGGCCACUUCGGCCAGGUGCACGUGGUGCGCGAGCGCCGCUCGGGUGACGUGUUCGCCAUGAAGACGCUCCGCAAGCAGGACACGCUGGCGCAGACCGGGGUGAUGUUUUAUGAAGAGGAACGGGAUAUCAUGACUGAGGCCGUGUCGCCGUGGAUCACGGCUCUUCACUACGCAUUCCAGGACUCGCAGCUGCUGUACCUGGUGAUGGACUUCCACCCGGGCGGCGACCUGAUGACGCUGCUGGACCGCUUCGACGGCGUGCUGGAGGAAGAGACGGCGCGCUUCUACCUGGCCGAGAUUGCGCUGGCGCUGCACGAUCUGCACGCCAUGGGAUACGUGCACAGAGAUGUCAAGCCGGAGAACGUGCUGCUGGACCGGUGCGGCCACGUGAAGCUGGCCGACUUCGGCUCGGCGGCGCGGCUCGGCGCCGGCGGGCUGGUGUCGGCCGCCAUGCCGGUCGGCACGCCCGACUACCUGGCGCCCGAGGUGCUGCGCGCCGUCAACACGGCCGGCGCGCGCCAGCCGGCCAGCCCAGCCUACGGCAAGGACUGCGACUACUGGUCCCUCGGGGUGGUCGCCUUCGAGAUGCUCACUGGAAGAACACCGUUCAGUGAUGACAAGCUGGGCUCGACCUACAACAACAUCCAGCAGCACAAGAAGCACCUGGUGCGGCCCAGCGAGCCGGCGCUGAGCGACGCCGCCUGGAGCCUGAUCGCCGGCCUGCUGACCGACAACAACCGGCGCCUGGCGCACGCCGACGUGCUGCAGCAUGCCUUCUUCACCAGCGUCGACUGGAACAACAUCGCCAACACGGUGCCGCCGUUCAUCCCGACCGUGAACGGCGUGGACGACACGUCCAACUUCGACGAGGUGUCGCCCGAGCCGCCGUCGCCCAGCCUGGACUCGCUGCUCUCGCAGCAGAAGUUCUCCGGCCGCGAGCUGCCCUUCAUCGGCUUCACGUUCACCAAGCCGCUCGGCGAGACGCGUCCACUCAAGGACCGGCUGCACGCGCCAGCCAUGAAGCCAUCUAGCGAGCUGGAACGGAAGGUGUGCGCCCAGCGACGCCAGCUGCACACGCUGCGCGAGCGGCUGGACGAGUACGAGCGCGGCGAGGGUCGGCAGCCAGCUCAACUGAGCGCGAAGGUGGAUGAGAAGAGCGAGCGUCUACAGAAGAUUGAGGAGGAGCGGAACCGGCUGGAGGCGGCUCUGGCCCGGGCCGAGGACAAGUCCGCUGGCUACGUUCGCCUGCUGGAGGUAGAGAAGAAGGACCGCAUGUCGACCGAGAAGCGCGCGCUCGAGCUGCUGCAGGACAUCAAGCGCAAGUGGAAGCGCGACGAGGAGGAGCGGCUCAAGGUCAUCCAGGACGAGGUCAAGCGGUACCAGGCCGAGUGCAAGUCGAUGGAGGAGAAGUACCACUUCUCGCUGGAGAACCUAUAG